AUUCAUCAUUUCAACUAUCAAACAACAAUAUUGAUUUUGCUUUGGUUUUUGCUAAAAUUGUUUGGGAACUUCUGACUCACAAGAAAGUUUUGUUUGUUUGGUUCGUUUAUGCAUUUUGUAUCGAACUACAUUAAUUCGGUAGCGAUAAAGGAAUAUCUUGAUGUACAUAACGAUUAAGUUAAACGAAAUAAUUUACAUCCAGUACUUCUGUAUCGGUUGAUCUGAUCCGAUGUAAAGCCUUAAAUGGGGAACACGGGCGAGUAUAUAAUUUCAUAGACGCAUUCGAUAAAAGCUUUUUCAGGCUACUUACUUUCAGCACAUACAUAAAGGCGCAACAUGUAUCAGAAUAUUAUGUUGUCAUUCUGUGCUGGUCGCAAACACAUCAUUUCAAUGGAGUGGAAAUUAAGAGUGUUACCGUUGAACGUACAACGUCCUGUUCCUAGUGAUAUAUCGAUAUCCAGAUCACAAGAGCCAAAGGACAUAUCCAGUCUUGCUGAAGAAAUUGGACUAAUCAAAGAAGAAGUCAUCCUGUAUGGAACGAAGAAGGCCAAAGUUUCGUUGAAAACUUUGAAUAGAUUGGAAAAUGAACCGGAUGGAAAAUAUGUGGUUGUGGCUGGUAUAACACCGACACCGUUGGGCGAAGGAAAAAGUACAACGCUAGUGGGACUAGUGCAGGCUCUUACCGCUCACAAGAAACGGAAUGCUAUCGCCUGUUUACGACAACCAUCACAAGGACCAACAUUUGGAAUCAAAGGUGGUGCAGCCGGCGGAGGAUACUCUCAAGUUAUUCCGAUGGAAGAUUUUAACCUUCAUUUGACUGGGGAUAUUCAUGCUGUUACAGCGGCCAAUAAUUUGUUAGCCGCUCAGUUAGAUACACGAAUGUUUCACGAAUCCACUCAAAGUGAUGAGGCUCUGUACAGUCGAUUGGUUCCGAAAGUGAAAGGAGUAAGACAAUUUUCGGCCAUUCAGUUGAGAAGGCUUGAACGAUUGGGUAUAACUAAAACCGAUCCGGACAGUUUGACUAUCGAGGAGUUUACUCGUUUCUCUCGCUUGGAUAUUGAUCCGAACAAUGUUGUCUGGAAUAGAGUGGUGGAUGUGAACGAUCGUCACCUGAGAAAAAUUACAAUUGGGCAGUCUCCGACAGAGAAAGGUUUCACUAGAGAUACAAGUUAUGCGAUCAGCGUUUCGAGUGAAAUAAUGGCAAUAUUAGCGCUGGCUACGAACCUUCAAGAUAUGAAAAGUCGCCUCUCCAAAAUGGUUGUGGCUUUUGACCGUAAAGGUGAUCCUGUUACUGCUGACGACAUCGGAAUGACUGGUGCAAUAAUGGUUUUGCUUAAGGAUGCCAUUGAGCCGACACUGAUGCAAACUUUGGAAGGUACGCCUGUGUUCGUUCACGCCGGACCAUUCGCUAAUAUUGCCCAUGGAUGUUCGUCAAUUAUUGCUGACAAAAUUGCUAUGAAGUUAGUUGGCAGGAAUGGAUUUGUUGUGACGGAAGCUGGCUUCGGUUCUGAUAUCGGAAUGGAAAAAUUCUUUAACAUCAAGUGUAGAACGUCGAAGAAAACACCAAACGCUGUUGUACUUGUUACUACGGUACGAGCGCUGAAAAUGCAUGGCGGUGGACCACCUGUGACUGCUGGAUCGCCUCUCAAAAAGGAGUACACAGAGGAAAACCUCGAUCUACUCGAGAAGGGUUUACCCAACUUAAUCAAACACAUUGGCAAUGUGACCAAGUUCGGACUCCCCGUGGUAGUGGCAAUAAAUGUUCAUUCGAACGACACUCCUGCGGAACAUGAACUUGUCCGAAGAUCGGCUAUCGCAAAUGGCGCUUUUGAUGCUGUCAUCGCUUCCCACUGGAGUGAUGGAGGAGCUGGAGCUGAGAAUCUUGCCAGUGCACUAAUCAACGCAUGUGAUGGUGUCGAUUCACAGUUUAAGUUUCUCUACGAAUUGGAUUUGUCAAUUGAAGAGAAAAUUUUGAAAAUUGCCCGCGAAAUGUACGGCGCUGCUAACGUUGAUUUCAACGACAAAGUCAAAGAAGCGAUCAAACUUUAUACCGAGAAGGGGUUCGACAAGCUACCAAUUUGUAUGGCAAAAACGUCGAAUUCAUUAACGGGUGAUCCAUCAAUCAAAGGCGCUCCGACUGGAUUCACAUUGACGGUCAAUGAUAUAUCACUGUCGGCUGGUGCUGGCUUCAUUGUUCCGAUGUGCGGUGAAAUAUCGAAAAUGCCGGGCCUGCCAACCAGACCUUGCAUUUUUGAUAUUGAUUUGAACACAGAAACUGGGGAGAUUGAAGGACUGUUUUAAGAGCACUGACUGUUGCGAAAAUAUACCUUGUGUGAGCAGAGUGCUCAACUAUCCAUUUAAA